AUAGGCUUCCGUUUCUUUUUUCUCUUAUUGACGAUUGAUUGAUUCACUCGGGUUGGGUUGGGUCUCUCUCUCUCUCGAUCCUGAUGAUGUUCUGUCGUUUUCCGUUUUUCUGGAUGUGAUCAGAAUUUUUCUGGUCGUCAAUUUCGCCGUUUCAGCUUUUUUUUUUUUUUUUUUUGGGCGAAGUUUUCUAGAAUUGCAAAUCGAAUUGAUCUGUUUUCUCUUUUUGGGUUUGAAAUCUUCGGAUGAAUCAGAAUGUUUUAAUCGUCGAUGAGAGUGUGUGAUUGAUGCACAAGGAAAGAAGGAAAAUGCCGGUUUCAAGCAACACACACAGGGUUUCUCCUUACCCGCUUCGCUCUUGUAGGAACAAGAAACAAAAAGAAGUCGAGUCACCUCUUGAGUUAGAGAGUGUGAGUGAAUGGGAGGAUGUUAGGUGUGUCAUCUGUAUGGAGCCUCCUCACAAUGCAGUCCUUUUGCAGUGCUCUUCCUUCUCCAAAGGGUGUCGUGCUUACAUGUGUGACACUAGCGCUCGUCACUCCAACUGUUUCAAGCAGUACCGCAGAAACAACACCACCAGCCGUUGUAGUGGCAAGACUCUUAACUGUCCUUACUGCAGAGGAGAGGUUCAUGGGACAAUGAAGUCGACUUGUGCUCGGAGAUUCAUGAAUGCUAAGCCGAGGUCUUGUGCUGUCGACAAGUGUGAUUUCUCUGGCACCUAUGCUCAGCUGAAGAAUCACUUGAAAACUGAGCAUCCUGGUUUCACACCACCCAAGUUGGACCCUUGGGAGCAACACAUGUGGGAGCAAUUGGAGAGAGAGGCUGAGUACAUUGAAAUGCUCAACGCCCGUCAGAGAUGGGAUGCUGAACAGAGAUUGAUGGCUAGCUCCCUCCAUCAGCUUCCAUAUCGCCAUCCCAUGAUUGAUCUCAACUUCGAUUCGUUCAUGCAUAAUCUGUUUCUUGACGUGUCCAUUGAGAGCCGUGCAACGAGCCAAGCAAGUGCUGACAAUCACCCGGCUCACAUGCCCCAACUGGAGUUUCAUGGGACCAUGUUUACCAGAUGGACUCCGUGAAGAUUCAACUUCUGAGUCUAUAUGGCCCAAAGUUUUGAUGUCUCUUGAUUUUUUUCCAUAAUGUAAUCUUUUUAUAGCGACAUCAGUUCUUGUUCUAGGCAUAAAAAUUUAUAUUGUUUGUAUUUUUAGCUUCUUCUGUUAGUGAAGUAUCCAUAGCUUGGGCUCA